AUGGCAACUUCAGUGCCAGUAGUCAUCGACAUCGAGAUGGACAAAGGCCUUGAUAAUCAGAAGAACUACCAGACCAUAGUGUGGGAAGAAGCUCAAGCAGUGUGCAAAGUCCAUCUCGAUCCGGAACAACCACGCACUAUCUACCAAUUUGAUACGUGCGAAAGCUUGCUGCAGUCGUUGUCGCAAAAGAAAACGCAAUAUUCGGAGAAAAUGCUCCCAGAAUUCCUUACUCGUAUUGAGCCCACCUUGUUUCAUUUGCGUAGCUUCACGGCCGUCAUUGCCUUGUCUGUGCAGGGCUCUGUACUUCGUACAGCCAUGAUAUGGGGAGUGGUGAACCUUUUAAUUGAGAACACUGUCAAAUCGGUUGAAACAUUGUCAAAGAUUGUUGAAAUGCUUGAUGAGAUGGCCCACGAGUUAUGGCUCUUUCAGGAAUACGAAUGGCUAUUCCAAGAACACGCAGGCUUGGAGGACAUCCUCCUUAAUGUAUUUGUUGAUGUCAUCCGAUUUUGGACGCACACAAUCAAAUUUUUAUCCCGACAUCCUGUGGUUAAUUUCGUCGCCGGACCGUGGAAUGAUGUGAAGAAGGAAUUUAAUGAGACAUCAACGCGGAUUCAAAAGCAGAUCAGACAGCUCAAGGAGAAGGCUCAAGCGAUCAGCUACAGGCCAAAGCAUCGAACGCAAGCUGAGCUGAUCCAGGAGCUUGAGAGUCGAUUCAGCCAGAAAUUUGUGAUAUUUGGUGAAGAGGAGACAGCAAAGUUACCAUGUACGAACAUUACCUCGCCUAGAAAUCCGCACUUUUUUGGGAGAAAGGAGAUUCUCGGUCACGCCUUAGACCACCGACCGGAGCGAGCUGUAUUCAGGUCGUGGGCACUUUGGGGAAUGGGAGGAAUUGGAAAGAGUCAAACAGCAUUGGAAUACGUUCAUCAGAGAAUCAGCGAUGGAGUACAAGCAGUCUUCUGGGUCAGUGGUGAAACGGCUUUGGACAUGAACAAAAGCUUUACACAGAUUGCUCUUGCCUUAGGACUCAAGGGAGCUGCCGAGGGAAACGAUGACCGGAACCAGUACCUCGUCACCAAAUGGCUACAAAACACUGACACAGAUUGGCUUCUGGUUUUCGACAAUAUUGAAGAUCCCCAUUUGCUUCGAGGGUGUUGGCCCUCGGCACCGCAUGGCUCGAUCCUUGUGACAUCCCGAAAUAAUGUUGUCUCUUUUGACCAUGCUGCUGGUGGAGUACCCCUUCCUACUUUUGAUGCUCACGAAGGGUCAGCAUUUCUGAUGAAUCUCCUUGCACGCAAAAAUUACUCGGAGGAAGAGAUUGCCUCAGCAGAAACGCUGUCAAGUACUCUUGGUGGUCUCCCUCUAGCUCUGAACCUGAUGGGGACCCAGAUCCAUACACGAGGAAAGCCUAUCAAGCAAUUCCUAACCCAAUACCAAACAAAUGCAAAGAGACUGCACGAUCGGCCGCGGGAGGGCAUCCAGAACAUCUACUAUCAACAUUCUCUCAGGACGGUUUGGCAGACUUCGUUUGAUCCAUUGGAGGCCGACAGUGUUGUGAUCCAAGGCGUGCUAACUUUUAUUCGUCCAGACGAUGUACCCGAAGAACUAUUUGUGCCCCAAGAAGACCAAGCAUUGGGGGAGGAGGAGCAAGGGCAGGCCUACUUUCAGGACUCCCUCAGGUAUUUAAUGGAAAGUGGCGCCUGGUCCGAGUUUCUGGAGCUGGCUAAUCUCGCUUGCAAAGACAAAGAGACUCUGCAGUGGGCACAUCUCUGCAAUUCAGCUGGGCUGGUUGAAUGCGAGAGAGGAAAUGCAAAAGCAGCAUUUGUUUAUAUGAACACUAGCCGUCGUAUCCGAGAGAAACUACUUCCAUCCGACCACGAGGAGUUAGCAAACAUCUACAACAACUAUGCCAACGUCAUCAUGACCGAGUCACAGGAUGAAGCCAGUUUGGCGAUGGCAGAAUCGCUGUAUCUCAAGGCGCUGGAGAUCGAUAAAUCAAAACCUGAGGAGGAGAGUGCUUUGAUCUUGCACAUCAGAUGGCUGAACCUUGCCACUGUGUGGAUGUUCCAGAAACGAUACAAGGAAGCUGUCGAAGCUGUUGAAACAGGGAGACAUUACGCCAUCAAGAACUUCGGUCCAGCAUGCCAUUUCGACGGCGAGGAAGUGUGCCCGAUAUACCCUAAAACAUACUUGUUCACCAACAUUCGAGAUUCGAUGUUGCAGACUAACGUAUCGUAUAGUGCAGACUACGUAUAUGGUGACAUUGAGUACUUUCAGGGAAAUUGGGAUAAUGCUAAGAAACGAUUCGCACGUGCACUAGUAUUAUUUGAGGAGGAGAAUGAAUUGCAUCCUUCUACGUGCGCAGCGAUGUGGAAGUUGGCCUCAAUUGCUAUGCGGCAAGGUGACUUGGAGCAGUCAAUAAAUCUAUUCCGAAAAGUACGGUUGCUGUUUGAGCUGAACGAAAAGGCGAAGGGGGAUAAGGGAGAGACUGCUCGAUGUCUACGACGACUCACCGAGGCUUUGGAGAUACAUGGUGAUGUGGAGGAGGCUGCGGAACUGAAUGAAAAGGCAGAGGCAAUGCGUGAACGAAUUCAAGGAUCUCGAUUCAAGGAUCUGCCAGACAGUGAAUAUAGUUACGAUCUCCUUGUUUUCUUCGGUUACGCAUGAGACGGGUUGAUUUAAU